AUGCGGUUAAUUGACGUGAACACGCUCAAACUACAUGAGUUUUUCGGGGAUCAGAUACCACCCUACGCAAUCCUUUCUCAUACCUGGGAAGCAGAAGAGGUCACAUACGAAGAGUGGCUGUACGCAGGUCGCCAAUACCCCCGGAGGUGGGGUUGGGUAUAUGACAAGAAAGAAGUGAGAGAUAUUAAGGCAAAAUCUGGAUAUGAUAAGAUCGUACAGGCCUGUGCUAAGGCCCAAGGCGAUAGACUAUCAUGGCUCUGGGUGGACACUAAUUGUAUCGACAAAAAUAGCUCGGCAGAGUUAAGCGAGGCGAUAAAUUCCAUGUUUCAAUGGUAUCGUAAAUCAGCCGUCUGCUACGCCUUCUUGGUAGAUGUGCACAACCCUGAUGUUCGAGCAUGCUUUAGAAACGACAGCGAGUUUCGGAAAAGUCGAUGGUUUACAAGGGGUUGGACUUUGCAAGAGCUUAUUGCUCCUUGUGGUGUCUGCUUCUACUCUUCGUCUUGGAUGCCAAUCAGUACAAAAACGAACAUUGCGCUCUUAAUCGAGGAGAUCUGCUCAAUACCAAUUGUUGUUCUUUGCAAACCAGAUGCACAUACAUCUUAUCGAGCUGCGCAGAAAAUGUCUUGGGCAUCAGGGCGGAAUACAACGCGGCAAGAAGACAUCGCAUAUUGCCUGAUGGAUCUGUUCGAUGUAAACAUGCCUCUUCUGUAUGGAGAAGGUGAAAAGGCCUUUCUGCGAUUGCAGAUUGAGAUCACACGUCAACAACCGGAUGUGAGGCUCUUGGCAUGGCAGCAAUUGCGUUCUGAACCUCGAAAUAUCUUUCACGUCCUCAGCUCUACCCACAAGUCUUUGCGAGCAUUUGCCCCUAGCCCGAAGCACUUCUUUUUCGCUGACGGUCUCCAAAUCCGCGCACAAUCCAUACCCACCUCCUUGCGAGUCGAUGGCUUGGAGGUUGUUGUCCGGCUGCCACUAGUAAAGACACUAUCAUCGAAUUUUGUUUUCGCUAUAUUGCCUUAUGUACAAACGUCAGAUAAUCGGAUGGUAUGGAUUCCUCUUAUACAUAUCAGAGGACAGAGAUACGUGAGAGUGGAGUUCCCUACCGUGACAUUCUUUGCACCCGACAUUCAAUAUGAACCACCUGUUGAGAUCAUUCUUCCUACUCAUGAGGGACACUUAAAUAGCAUCAGUUCCAAAUGGCGUGUUGUGUACAAAUUUCCUGAAUAUAUAGACCGGAGCGACAACGGUCUUGGAGUCACGGCUGGCUCCAUCCUUCACUGUCUUCAUAUCGACAACGAUGACCGACAAUUAGCCUUCGGAGGGCUCCGACUCGCUGGCGAUGAUACGGAAGUAGAACUACUGUUCAUGGCCAAGCUAAAGGGGCCCGAUGGCCCUUCAAUAGCUCAAUGGACCUGUAGGGACAUUACUGAUUGGCCCGUGUCUAUCAAUGACUACUAUAACUCAAUAAGCCAUCGACACUAUGAUGGAGGCCAUAGAUUUGCUCAGGAUCUCCAUGGCGACAGGUAUCGCGAUAUCGCUCAGCGUCUAUAUAGUCAGAGGAAGGCAUAUGAAAAGUUCUGGGACCUCGUGGAGGAAAUAAAAUGUGGAAAAGAAGACAAAUUUGGCGGCUACGUGGUCAUGGAUGACCGAGUUUAUGACCCAACCAACUCCAAGUUUCUCUCACCUACACCUACCUUGCGUUCGCCUAACGGUACGCCACCCGGGCCAUGGGUCACAGUGCAGAUAGUCCUUCCCAGGCCCAAAAAGAAUUGAGUGCUCAUAGUAUUUGAUUAGAUUUCAUAACUGCUAGUUAUUCUAAUCUAGUUAGUAACUUUCUACACCAUUUAUCACAAUUCUUGGGGUUAUACGAAGCGAAUACCAUUGUUAAGAGCCCAGGCUACUUAUGACGAGGCUGGCGACGACGGCGUUAGUGCGGUCAUGGGGAAGGGAGAGGUGGGGGACUUGACUUCGGGUUCGAUCCAGCUGAUGAUCAAGCAAGACGCAAUCUAUCUAAAUAGCUUUUCUAUUAUCUCUAUCUAGCGGCUUAAUGGACAAGCAUAGACUACAUAAUGCAGUUAGUAGCGAACAGUGAAACUCAACGUACUUGUUCUGUGGAACGACAAUCUGACAUUUCUCCAUGCGGAAAAGAUUUACUGUUUUAUACAAUUGCCGACAGGUUCCCCACGCAUACUAAAAUUUAACUUCCUAGCUAGUCUAUUCCCUAUGGAGCGGAUCAAAGCCCGUCUAGGGUACGCGUUAAUGUUAACACUCAGUCCCUGGCGUCAUCACACCACCAGCGUAUCAGUGGCGGAGAUACAUGUAAACAGGAACAAGUCAAUUUUGAAUUUGGAACUCCAUCUAAC